AUGGCUCCAUCCUUGACAACACCGUCCCCAGUGACGGCUUUCCUCGUUCUCAUGCUCUGUGCUCCUGCCCUCUCGCUCUCCCACAAUCCCCGCGUUUCUCAACGUCGAAGCCCUCUAUGGCGCCGCGGAGCCUCUGUACCAGACCUGGGCUUCUACAACCCAAAAGACAGUGGUGGCUCCAUGCUCACGAUCGCGCCCAACACGGGUGGCCUCGGAGAGCCUCUGAAUGUCAUCGUUUCUGGCAAGUCUAGCAGCGCUGUCCUGGUCGAUUCAGAAGAGAACGGUGGAUUCCGGAAUUACAUGCUAGCCGUCGGCUUUGCCACCGAGUGUCUAGGACAGCAUGCCGGCGACGCGCAAGUUGCGAAUCUUGGAGACGGCCAUGGUUCCCUCAACGAGACGUCAGAGCUACGGUGGGACUACGGAGACCCGCAACUAGGAACGUGCCAGGAGACUAUUAAGGGCGGUAACCACUUCCGGUAUUGGGUCCAAGACGGAGACGGCGCAGACAGUGGCGCGUAUUUCCUCGCAACGUCCUACGAGAAGUCGAUUGAUUUCGGCCACGAUAUCAUCUUCAAUGGUUACAAUCUUGGCCGCGAUUGGCUCGUCGGAAACGCCACAGCACAGUCAUCAAUUCUCCCGACACUGAACAUCACGAACGGCACAACCGUGUCAGGUUCAGUAUCUUUUAGUAAUUACACAUACAAGACGGACGUGCUCUACCUGUCAGGCAUCCUGUCCAAUAGCACGGAUGGGCUCAACCACGCUGGCUCUGUCGGUGGAAAUGGUGUUCAAGCCGUGGAUGGUCUCGUAGCCGUCCUCACGGUCACAAUAACCUCCGUACCAGCAGCAGCAUCCAGCGCGCUCCACUCGUUCUCGAGUCCCACAUGGCUCUCGUGGACCGCAGUACUCUUCGCCUCCCUCGCCGUAUCAUUAUCGACAUAG